CGGGAACCUUACGAAGUUGCUAGUUUAUUUAAUUUUAAUAGGAUCACGUGGCAUAUCAUCUUUGACAGGUCUAAUGUCAGCAUAGCAGACAAUAACUUUGCAGGUCACUGAAAACGAGUGUUCAAAACAUAGCAAUGUACGAUGAUGAUACAGUGUUAGAGUCUAUAACACCGAACAUCAAGAGUCAGAUGCUUUACCUGUUGAGCAAACGAGGCUUGCUUAAUAAUGAAAACGUUGGAAAGUUUGCUUAUGACCAGUUGCGUAAAAUUGACUUGAGCCAGUCUGAUGUGUCUGAUCAAGGCUUGUUCAAACUGACAAGGUGCAAGAGGCUUGAAAAGAUUGAUCUAAAUGCGGAAAAAGUACCACGAACGUCCGUAUCUAGUGCAGGAAUCAGCUGCCUCUCUCGGUCAUGUCAACUGCUCCAGGUUGUCUUCUUGCGCCGGUGUACCAACAUCACCGACGAAGCCAUCAUCAGCUUGUCGGAAAACUGCCCCCUGCUGAGUGAGCUCAAUAUCGGCGGAUGCUCAAGAAUUACAGACUGCUCAUUGGAAUCUCUCGGCAAAUAUUCAAAGAAACUCAGCUCUGUCAACUUUUCAAGAGCAUCUGUAUCAGACAACGGGGUCUUCAGUCUUGCAAAUGGAGUUUGCUCCAAAAGCCUAAAGGAAGUGCACAUGAACAACUGUGAAAACUUGACUGACGAAUCUGUGGAAGCAAUUGUUCAGUUCUGCCCUGGCAUUUCUAUUCUCAUAUUUCAUGGAUGCCCUUUGAUGACAGACCAGGCCAGGAUGGCAUUAGAAGAAGUGUUAACAGGAAGGAAUGGUCGCAUGAAACAAGUGACGUGGACGAUAUACUGAUCACUUUACACUGACAGCAUUUUAACACGGGCCAAAAACUAACCUGUGUUGGUUUACUGGCAUGGGUCAGAUAUUUGCAGUUACUGUAGUGUUCACAUGACAGUUCUAUUUUGCACAUGUUACAUCUACACAAAUAUGAGUCACAGUUUUUCUUGAUACAUUGUCAUAUCAAUUCAUACAAACGGGUGAAACAACAUUUUGUAAUUUUUAAUAGCUUGAUAUUGUGCCAAUUAUUAUUACUCAUGGGCAUUACUCAUGGAAAGAUGCCAAAAAGUGUGUGUAUGUAGUGGGGGUGGGAGGGUGGGGGCAUACACACACACAAAUGUGUGUGUGUGUAUAUAUAUAUAUAUAUAUAUAUAUAUAUAUAUAUAUAUAUAUAAAUACAUGUAUAAAUAUAUAAACAACAUUGGUACUGCUAAAAAGUGGGGGGGGGGCACAUGUGCGUCCCAUCGCCACCGCCGCGCGUGCCACUCCCCCCGCCGCGCGUGCCACUCCCCCCCCACCCCCGCUUCCUAUGCCAGAGUUACUUUCACUAUCUGGAACACUUUAAUGUCAGUGUAGACAUAAAGGCUAUUGAACUACACAUAAUUUGAGACGUACAUGUAUGCAAAAACUGGGGUACGGCUGGAAACACAAAAUACUUCUUUUUUUUAAAUUCCAAUAUAUAAAAGAAAAAACAGCCCAAAAAUGUGUUUGCUUCACAUAUUAAUCCAACAACCCAGUUGCUGUUAAUUAAAAAAAAAAACACCCCCAAAAACCCAAUUAGCUCACGGAGUUGUAGCAGCAGGUUUCCUUUCUCAUUAACUGUGUGGUCCUAUCAUUUAACCAUAAAUAGAAAUGUACUGAGUGCAUCAUAGAAUAAAAGGUUUCCUUCUGUCCAUUGGGUUCUGUCCUGUAAUCCACCCAGUGAUUAUGACAUUGUGUAUAUGUUUCCUGAUGGGAGGUGAGUAGAACACUUAUCUGAGAUGCAGUAUGUAGUUGCAUCAACUCUCUUGGAGGGUGGGGGGUGGGGGGGGAGGAUGUAGCCCAGUGGUAAAGUGCUUGCUUGAUGCACAGUCAGUUUGGGAUCGAUCCCCGUCACAUUCUUGCUCCAGUCAGUGCACCACG